AUGGCCCUCGUUUUCGACAAGAUAAUUCUCUUUGGAGACUCCAUCACCCAACUGGCUUACAACCAGGAAUUUGGCUUCUGCUUUGGCCCAGCAAUGCAAGAUGUCGUAUUCUUUGGCACAAAUGACUCUAUCGUCCCCGAAUCCGCAUCGAACAAUUCUGUCCCCGUGGAAAGAUAUCAGGAUAACUUGCGCAAGAUCAUUUCCGCCGCACAAAAAGUAGGCGCAAAAGUGGUUCUCAUCGGACCGGGCCCAUUCAAUCAUCAACAAUUCGAUGAUGCACUAGGUCACCAAUUCGAAGUCGACCGGACGACUCACCGAGCCCGUGAAUAUUGCGAUGCUACAGUGGAUGUUGGAAACGAGCUCGGUAUUCCUACUGUUCCAAUGUGGCAUCUCGUUAUGGAAGAAAUAGGUUGGAGGGAAGGGGAUCCGAUUUAUGGUCUGCCUGAGCUUCCGGCUGUUAACCCUUUGAAUGACUACCUAAGUGACGGUUUACAUUUUUCUGGCCGGGCAUACAAGAUACUUUUCACAAAUGUGCUAAAGGCAAUCAAAGAGUCUUAUCCGGAACUUGACCCUGACAAUAUCCCAGAGCAUUUGCCGACGUGGGAGCAACUUACCACUUCACUCGAUGUUCUGAAGAAAGCCAUAGAAUGA